GCGGUUUCCGGAGAGCAAAGAAAACAAAAGGGCAGAAGUGGGAACCAGAAAUUUAGGAGGAGCACAUAGCAAUUGAAUCUCUUUUUUCAAUUUCAGUUUCAGGCUUUCAACGCUUUGAUAUUUGCAACACAACAUAGAUUUAGAGAAAGGUGCGGUUGAAUUGGAAACGCAUUGAAGCGGAGGAUGGGAUAGGUCACAAAUAUCAUCGUCAUAAUCAUCUUCUUCUUCUUCUUCUUUCUCUUUGAGAUCGAGUUCCAGAAUGAGCCAACGCGUCCCUUCGUCUCGAACGGUUCGGCUCGGCCAUGUCCAGCCCCAGGCCCCUGGUUACCGCACUAUCUUCGGCAACGAUCGCCUCGCUAAUCUUCCCGUCCGAUUCAAGGGGAAUUCAAUAUCGACUACGAAGUUCAACUUUUUCACUUUUUUGCCAAAGGGAUUGUUUGAACAGUUCAGGCGGGUUGCUAAUCUCUACUUUCUUACAAUCUCAAUUUUGUCUACCACACCAAUCAGCCCCGUGUCUCCAAUAACUAAUGUUAUUCCUCUAUCUCUGGUGCUUCUCCUCUCUCUAAUUAAGGAAGCUUUUGAGGACUGGAAGCGUUUUCAAAAUGACAUGGCCAUAAACAAUAAUAUGAUAGAUAUUUUGCAAGAUCAAAAGUGGGUGUCUAUACCCUGGAAAAAGUUGCAAGUUGGUGACAUUGUCAAGGUUAGGCAGGAUGGAUUCUUUCCUGCAGAUCUGCUUUUCCUGGCUAGUACAAAUGUAGAUGGUGUCUGCUACAUUGAGACAGCUAAUUUGGACGGGGAAACUAAUUUGAAGAUUAGGAAAGCUUUGGAAAAGACUUGGGAUUACCUGACUCCAGAGAAGGCAUCUGAGUUUAAAGGUGAAAUUCAGUGUGAACAACCGAACAAUUCAUUGUAUACCUUCACUGGAAAUCUUAUAUUUCAAAACCAAACACUUCCUCUCAGUCCAAAUCAACUUUUGUUGAGAGGAUGCAGUCUCAGGAAUACAGAGUAUAUUGUUGGGGUUGUUAUUUUUACAGGACAUGAAACAAAGGUGAUGAUGAAUUCUAUGAACGUUCCUUCCAAAAGAAGUACAUUGGAGAGGAAGCUUGACAAACUUAUACUCACUCUAUUUGCGACUCUAUUUGUGAUGUGUUUUAUUGGAGCUGUAGGCAGUGCUAUUUUUGUAAACAAGAAGUAUUUCUAUUUACAUCUUGAAUCAUCAGAGGAGGGCUCAGCACAGUUCGACCCAAGAAACAGAUUUUUGGUUUUCCUUCUAACUAUGUUUACCCUCAUCACUUUGUACUCAACAAUCAUCCCCAUUUCACUUUAUGUGUCGAUAGAGAUGGUCAAAUUUAUUCAGUGCACUCAAUUUAUCAACAAGGAUUUGCAUAUGUACCAUCAUGAAACCAAUACCCCAGCAUUGGCCAGAACUUCAAAUCUGAAUGAAGAACUUGGGCAGGUGGAAUAUAUCUUCUCUGACAAAACUGGGACUCUGACAAGAAACUUAAUGGAGUUCUUUAAGUGUUCAAUUGGAGGAGAGGUCUACGGAAAUGGUGUGACUGAAAUUGAGAAGGGAAUAGCAGAGCGUAAUGGCAUAAAACUUGAGGAAAAUAUCUCACCCAAUGCAGUGCGAGAGAGGGGUUUCAAUUUUGAUGAUGCUAGGCUUAUGAGAGGAGCUUGGAGGAAUGAGCCAAAUCCUGAUAGCUGCAAGGAAUUCUUCAGAUGCCUUGCUAUAUGCCAUACUGUGCUUCCCGAGGGCGAUGAGGCCCCUGAGAAGAUCAGAUAUCAAGCUGCAUCACCUGACGAGGCUGCUUUGGUUAUUGCUGCGAAGCACUUUGGUUUUUUCUUUUACAGGGAAUUUGAGUGCUACUCCUUCAAAUGA